CCAUAAGUGGACUGCUACGCAGCCUGCGGAUUAGGGUUUUUUUUUACCCCUUUAUCUCUUUAGGUCGUUCUGCUCCUUCCGGACCGUCUUUUUCUUCUCUACCUGCAUCCAUUCCGUACGUGGAAGGGCCUUACGCUCGCCUGCCUGUGAGCUAUGGUGCUGAAGGCUGUGUGCGUCAUGAAGGGCGACGGCCCAGUGCAAGGCAUUAUCUUCUUCGAGCAGAAGCAGGUUGGAGAACCUGUGGAACUCUCAGGAACCAUUAACGGAUUAACUGAAGGAGAGCAUGGAUUUCAUGUCCAUGAAUUUGGUGAUAAUACUCAAGGUUGUACCAGUGCAGGUGCUCACUUUAAUCCUCAUUCCAAAAAACAUGGUGGACCAAAAGAUGAUGAGAGGCAUGUUGGAGACCUUGGCAAUGUGACUGCCAACAAAGAUGGUGUGGCAACUGUGUCUAUCAAAGAUAGUCAAAUUGAACUUUCAGGACCAAUGUCUAUCAUUGGCCGCACUAUGGUGGUCCAUGAGAAAGCUGAUGACUUGGGCAAAGGGGGAAAUGCAGAGAGUGAAAAGACAGGAAACGCUGGACCUCGCCUAGCUUGUGGCGUAAUUGGGAUUGCUAAGUAAAUCUGUUUUCUAGGAUGUAGCUCAGGUACCUGGGAACACAAAGAUGUUGUUGAUUACAUGUAGAAACAUACUUGGCAAGACCAUUAAACACUAAUCUUAAGUCAAA